UAGCAGAUAAUCUGUCACAGAAUGAACACCUCAACAGCGCUGUUUAACAACUCCACAAACGCGGGGCUCCAGCUUGGCCAGAACAACGGCAAUGUUGAGUUCCACAAUCAUCACGGUAAACCGUUGCAGUCACACCAGUCUGACACUAUGCUGAUCUUACUCGAUCUGGUCGUUCUUCUUUGCUCUAGGACCAUCGCAAGCCUCACGCAAUGAAGUUUGUCUUCGGGAUCUUCGGAUAACCAAUCCUCGCGAUGACAAGGCCCGAAUCCAGGAUCUCAAGGGAGGCCUGCUUAUGGACUCAUAUCGUUGGGUUUUGAGCAACGACGAAUUCAGAAAAUGGCGAAAUGAUGGCGAGCCCUAUCGUGAUGUUAACGACCGCCUACUUUGGAUCCGCGCUGAUCCCGGCAAAGGAAAGACCAUGCUCCUCUGCGGGAUCAUUGAUGAAUUGACAAAGGAGUUGCCCGGGACCUGCACAUUGUCGUAUUUCUUCUGUCAACAGAGCGAUGCUCGCCUGAACGAUGCAACAUCCGUCUUGCGAGGCUUAAUCUUUCUACUCGUGGACCAAAGGCCAAAUCUGCUCUCCUAUAUCCGGCCGCGCUACGACGUGGAAGGAAAAGCGCUUUUCGAAGAUACCAAUGCUUGGUACGCUCUAUCGAAAAUGUUUCUCGAAAUAUUGGAGGACCCAGAUUUAGAGACUACGUUGUUAAUCAUCGAUGCUUUGGACGAGUGCAGCACCUGCCUGCCGUUGCUGCUUGAGCUGGUGAAACGGUCAACGGAAAAUCCUCGGGUCAAGUGGAUUGUUUCGAGUCGGAAUUUGCCUGAUAUUGAGAAGCAUUUGACGGCUACAUAUUGCUCUACUUUGUCUCUCGAACUGAACGAGAAUUCUGUCGCUGCUGCUGUGAAGUCCUAUAUUCGGAUCAAGGUGGACUUCCUCACCGCGCUGAAUGGAUACGACGAGAACACCAAAGACUUUACCCGAGAAUAUUUGACGUCAAACUCCAAUGAUACAUUUCUAUGGGUUGCCUUGGUCUGUGAGCGGCUUGCCAGUACGUCGGCAUGCGAAGUGGAAAAUACCCUUGCUUCCUUUCCGGCGAGUCUCGAUAAUCUCUACAAGCGCAUGAUGCGCGAUAUUGAAAUUUCAGAAAGUAGACAGCUGUGUCGAGUGAUUCUCGCCACCGUCUGUACCGCAUACCGGCCUCUGGUAGUUGAAGAGCUACCAGUACUUACCGAUCUACCCUCACGAUUCUCGACAGAUUCUCGGAUGAUAACGCAGAUUAUUAAGCUUUGUGGCUCAUUCUUAUCUAUUCGGGAAGACACCAUUUACUUUGUUCAUCAGUCUGCGAAGGAUUUCUUGCUGACGUGCAAACCCAUAAUCCCAGCCGGACUUGAGACGGAACACAGUAGGAUGUUGUCUCAGUGUAUCAAGGUGAUGAACCAGACGCUUCGACGUGACAUAUACAACAUUCAGAAUCCAGGGGGUCGAGUCGAGGACAUCUGCCGUCCUACACCUGACCCCUUGGCACAAGCACGUUACUGUUGCACAUAUUGGAUUGAUCAUUUAUUAGCAGCAGAUCCUAGGAACACGGUCGACCUGUCUACAGAUGGCCCGAUUCAGCUCCUUCUGGAACAGAAACUACUUUACUGGCUCGAGGCUCUUAGCAUUCUCGGCCAGUUUACUGGAGGCAUUGGAGCUAUCCUCAUACUUGAUAGCUUUCUGCAGAAAGCAAAGUGCGCGGACAAAUUGUCAAGCCUUGUGAAUGACAUUUCCCGAUACAUGCGCGAGUUCAAGGUCCCGAUCGAAACCAGCCCGCUCCAAGUCUAUAGCUCAGCACUCAUUUGGAGCCCGAAUCGGAGUCUGGUCAAAGCUCUUUACCAGCACGAAAGACCCACGUGGAUUACCAAAAUCCCUGUGGUCGAGGAGAAUUGGAGUCGUUGUAUUAAUACCAUCGUGAGCAACGGCUGUGAUUUCACUGAGAUCGGCUGGUCACAGGAUGGUGACCGGCUGCUAUGUAUGGCAGCAGACCUGACUGUGAGCAGCUGGGAUCCCGGAACUGGACAACAUAUUUCGAGUAUCAAGCUGGAGAGACUUCCUGGCAGGCCCAAUAGGUAUCGCUUAAGCCGACACACAGGCUGUGUCGCUUCGAUCUUUGGAGAUGACUGCACCAGGAUUCGUAUUUGUGAUGCUACCACCGGAAAGUGUAUUCGCAUACUCGACUCCAAGUCCUUACACUCGCAUGUGUUGGUACAGUGGAUUGGAGAUGGAAAGCAUCUCGUCUCGUACUCAGAGGGCGAAUUUCAACUGUGGAAUGUUUCCAGAUCUCCUGAUCAUGGUAGGCAACGUGUAAUCCUCGAUGGUGGUUCACGCAUACAAUGCUGGUCUCACGAUGGCUGCCUGUAUAUUGCGAAACCCUGGUCUUUCGGCAACAACGACGACUUUCACCACGCCAUCCACGACAGUAGAACAGGGGUUUGUUUGAGGAGCUUGAAAUACAAUUGGCAGCCUAGUCUCCAUGCUGAUUCAUGGUCCCCCGAUGGAAGUAUGCUCGCAUGGGAAUCGUCGACCAGAGUGGUCAUCUGGGAUUUGGCCACUGGGAGACCCGGACAUGUGCUGGAAGGACACACCCCCUUUGUUCUCAAAAUUAGCUGGUCGCCCGAUUCAACUAGACUCGCGACAAGUGAUUUCGAUGGUAAAGUUAGGAUCUGGGAUCCAAAACUCGGAGUAUGUGUCUGGACGCUCGACGGACACGGAACCUUCGGAGCCAAGGAAUUCUGCUGGGCUCCCGACGGAAAUCGACUUGCAUCCUACUCACAUCAAGUGAUCAGGAUCUGGGACACAACGCCAACCAGAAACUUCCCAGCUUUUGCAGAGCGUUCUGUUCAGGUGGCAGCAAGGACUCACUCACGGCACCGCCGGACUUUGGCGUACGUUCGAUCCCACUUCACGAAGUUACGAAGAAAGGCCCUGGGCCAAAAGAUCCCAUACUCACCAGCCAAUCGUGGCUGGAUCUUCUCGCUCCAUUGGUCGCAUGGUAGAGCUCGUGUUGCGUCACUAACCAGCGAGGGUAUUCUUGAGAUUUGGAACACGGGCACCGGUGACCGAGUUUGCGAGAUUGAAUGUUAUUUUCCACGUUUUGCCGUGACAGUGGCCUGGUCAUCAAAUGGCAAACUAGGAACGUUUUAUAAGGGGGUCUUGUGUGUAUGGAAUAUUGUGUCAGGAAAGCGGCUUUUAGCUCUAUCACAUAAUCCAGGCGGUGGUUAUGAUUCCGGGUCCUUUGUCUGGUCGCCGGACGGGUGCCAACUAGCGUCAGCAAAAGAUGGAACCGUUAAAACCUGGGACUCUGCCACCGGAGAAUGCCUAAGGGAACUGCGCCAUUCUGAUCUGCUUCAGGCACUGGCCUGGUCUUGCGAUGGACAGAAAGUCGCAUCAGUAUCCAAGAGUGAUGGUACAGUAAGACUUUGGGAUCUUGCCACGGGACAGCAUCUUGAGCUCCACGACCCGACCGGAAAAGACGAUUUAUCUUCCGUUCGUCAAUGGCAUGUUAUAUGGUCUCAUGACAACAGUCGCAUCGCCUGGGGAUACAACCACUAUGGCUUUCUCUAUGACGCAGUCAAUGGAAUGCAUAUCGGCUCUCUAGAGGUCUAUGCCUUGAAACACCAUGAGUUUGAUCAACCUUUACUGGACAUAUGUGAGACCAGUCUUAUAUUCAAUAUUUGGGACUUUAUCACAUUUAGAUCCUGCGAUGCUGUCGAUCAAUCGGUUUGCAUCAUCAAAAUUCACGGGCUUGUCGAGAAUAGUCUUGAGACGAGUUUGGGGGUCUUUGAUUUGAAGGAUAUCGGCUAUCUCCACGACGCUACUGAGAACAGCCCGUGGAUACCAGUUGGGUAUGGGAUCUCCUUGGAUAAUUCGUGGAUUACUUGGAACGGAGACAAUCUGCUGUGGUUGCCCUGGCAAUAUCGACCGCUCACUAAAUCUUGCAUGCGCAAGUCAGGGGCGAAUGUGGCAAUUGCUUGUCGUUCUGGUCGAGCUAUCUUUCUCAUUCGCAGAGAAUCCACUUUCUUGAGUCCCCGUGGUGUCCAUGUGUGCUUGAAUGCUCGCCAAGCCAGUAGAAGAUCCGCCAAAAGUGAUUGAGGAUAUAGCCUUGUUGAGAUUGAGGUCUCAAUCUUUUCUUGUUUCAGAGCUCCUGUACAAUCUUGGAAAUGUUAUGCUUGACUCUGAAUUUAUAGCAUGAAUCCUCCAGAGUCUGAGAAGAGACAUAAGCGUUUCGGCAUUUGAGACCUCGUAGCUCUCCAAGUUCUUCUCCCAGGCUAUCGUACAGAACCACGUU